CUAACCAAACCACGAUGUAGGCUUAAACUAUAGGAAAUGCUUUUCAGUUGUUUUUUUUCUGUUCCCCCACCUGUAGCAGGACAGAAUAAGGAUCACUCAUCACAGCGGACUGAAACAAAAGCUGCCAUCGCCCAGUGCUCUGAAAUUCUAACUGAACUCCAAAUGAAGUUUUGGGAAGUAAAGGAGGAGCUCUAAUCAAGCAGGAAAAGAUCGACUCUGUUUGACAACUUGACAAGCGCGAGCGCUUCUGUUUGGCAUCAUACGCUUCUCGCCGUGUGCGUAAGCGGCUGUGUGGGAUCCUCACAUUAUGAGACGCCAUGGCAUGGUGUGACCGAAGGGUUCAGACUUUGCUGGCUAUCGUGGGGGCCUUUAUCGCCUUCAGCCUUAUGACCGUCGCCAUCGGCACUGACUACUGGCUUUACUCCCGGUCGUACGUCUGCAACGCAACUAAUGUCACCACCGACGAAACCCAGAUGCAAACCAAGAAAGUCAAAGGGGACCUAACGCACUCCGGGCUGUGGAGGAUCUGUUGCAUUGAAGGUAUCAACAAAGGAAGCUGUUUUCCGAUCAAUCAUUUUCCAGAGGAUAAUGACUAUGAUACAGACAGCUCAGAGUACAUCUUACGUAUAGUGCGAGCAUCAAGCCUUUUCCCUAUUCUCAGUACCAUCCUCCUGAUGUUGGGUGGCCUGUGUGUUGGAGUUGGACGAAUCUACAAUAGCAGGAAUAACAUCCUGCUUAGUGCAGGCAUCCUGUUUGUGGCUGCAGGCCUGAGCAACAUCAUCGGCAUUAUUGUCUACAUCUCCAGCAAUGCUGGAGAUCCCAGUGACAAGAAAGAUGAGGACAAGAAGAACCAGUACAACUAUGGCUGGUCCUUCUAUUUUGGGGCCCUUUCCUUCAUUGUGGCAGAGUCAGUGGGUGUACUUGCAGUCAACAUAUAUAUUGAAAAAAACAAAGAGACUCGCUCCCGGACAAAACGUAACUUCAUCAAAACCACCUCAUCCUCUUCCCCAUACUCUCGCAUACCAAGCUAUCGCUACAGACGGAGGCGUUCUCGCUCCAGUUCGAGGUCAACUGACCCAUCUCGUGAGCCAUCCCCAGUAGGAUUGAAGUUUGGUGGAGGAUCGGGAGGUGGAGGUUUGGGGAUGGGUCUACCAAUGGGUGAUAUAUCCAUGUAUGCUCUCAGUAGGAACCCUCUCAAGGGCAUAAGUGGAACUGCAGGGCAAUAUAGCCCUGAAAGGGACUCUGGGUUUUUACAAGUCCACAACUGCUUCCAGAAAGAUGUGAAAGACGGAGCGAACCGACGGACCACACCAGUAUAAGGCUGCUGUGUUAAACAAUGAGCUCAGUGGAGCACAUUAAAUUCUGUACAGAUGUUGAGAAAGGAUCCUCACAAUUUCCUCACAAGACUGUGAGGCAGCAGCAUUGUUAAAAGGUCAGAUUUGUUUUUCUUGUAUCCCUCUGUGACAGAAAAGUGGUGGAAGAAAAAAAAAAGAUAUUUGACUUUCUAAAAUGACUCAGCACUGCCUUUGAAAUGGUUGCAGUUACAUGUAGCAACAUUAGAAGAGCUGAUGAUCGCGCACAAAGUGAAAAAGAGGCAUUUGCUCUUACAGAACAAGCAGCUGGAACAUGGAAAAGCAUCAAAACAAAAGUUAUUAUUUAUGUUGUUUUUCUUUGUGAAGUGGUAUAUUGGAGACAAAGUAAUGUUUUUCUCCAAAUUUGUUUGCAAAAAGUGAGUGAUUUGUGUAACUGUUUGCCAUUGAAGCUAACUGUAUUGUAGCUGUUUGUAACUUAACGGAAAUGGUGCUAAUUUAACCUGUGGACAGUCUUAAGCCCUCUCAACUCCAAUCUCAAUAACCACUCUCCUGCUUGUAUGUGAGUCAUGUGAUAAAUAUGUGUGUGUGUAUGCCAUAAUACCACAACAUGACGCAAUCACUAUGAAUUUCUGUAGAGAUAUAUUAACAAAUAUGGCAACGUUAAAGUAAUACCAAUACAUUCCAGUUCAGUGAGUGGUGUGUCAGUGUAAACAUUAUUUACUCAGACUGCUCUCCAUUUGCUCAGGGAUGAGGUAUGGAAUACAUGAAUUCUUUACUGAAGCUAGAUAGACUGUUACGGUUGGCAUUUGUAAAAACAAAUAAGGUGAACGCUUUGUAUUUUGUUGUUAAUUCUCUUGUUUUCUGCAGUCAAUGCCUUUGUGAAAAAAAAAUAUUUUUGCUGCAGAGUUUUUUCAUCAGGUUGUGGGAAGUUGCACUUAUGGGCUAAUAUUUACAAUAGUUCUGUCUUACUGCUUAAUAUCUACAAAGUUAAUAUUUAAGGAACUAAUAUAAA